CACCUCUCUUUGGUCAUCCGUGUCAACCAUGGCGGCAUCCGUGGCAUCCCAGGCUGCAGCAAGAGGACUGAGGACAGCAACCUCCAAGCACAUACUUCUUGACAAACUGAAGUCCAACUGGUUGAGUCCAAGGAGAUGGCUCAAUCUGCAAGAGUACCAGAGCAAAAAGCUGAUGCAAGAGAGCGGUGUGGCCGUCCAACGCUUCUAUGUGGCUGACACGGCCUCUGAGGCCCUGAAGGCUGCAAAGAGACUCAAUGCCAAAGAGAUUGUGCUGAAAGCUCAGAUUCUGGCUGGCGGCAGAGGCAAGGGUGUGUUCGACAGCGGCCUUAAAGGUGGAGUGCACCUAACGAAGGACCCUGCGGUGGUUGGCGAGCUAGCCAAUAAGAUGCUGGGCUUCAACCUGACUACCAAGCAGACACCUAAAGAUGGAGUGAAAGUGAAAACGGUUAUGGUUGCCGAGGCCCUGGACAUUACCAGGGAGACCUAUUUCGCCAUCCUGAUGGACCGCUCUUGUAAUGGUCCCGUCAUGGUGGGAAGCCCCCAGGGAGGUAUGGAUAUUGAGGAGGUGGCAGCCAGCACCCCAGAACUCAUCUUCAAGGAAGCCAUAGAUAUAUUUGAAGGCGUGCGAGACGAUCAGGCACUUGCCAUGGCAGCUAAUUUGGGUUUCAAAGGACCUCUGCAGAGACAGGCAGCAGAUCAGAUUAAGAGGCUCUAUGAUCUGUUCCUGAAAGUCGACGCCACUCAAGUUGAAGUCAAUCCUCUCGGAGAGACUCCCGAAGGACAAGUGGUUUGCUUUGAUGCGAAGAUCAACUUUGACGACAACGCCGAGUUCCGUCAGAAAGCCGUUUUUGAGAUGGACGACAUGACUGAGAGUGACCCCACAGAGAUGGAGGCAGCCAAGUGGGACCUCAAAUACAUCGGCCUGGACGGAAACAUCGCCUGCUUCGUGAAUGGAGCCGGUUUGGCCAUGGCCACAUGUGACAUCAUUGACCUGCACGGAGGAAAGCCAGCUAACUUCCUGGACCUCGGGGGAGGAGUCAAAGAGAGGCAGGUGUAUGAGGCCUUUAAGCUGCUCACUGCUGACCCCAAGGUUGAAGCCAUCCUGGUCAACAUUUUCGGGGGGAUCGUCAACUGUGCUAUCAUUGCCAACGGCAUCACCAAGGCCUGUCGAGAGCUGGAGCUGAAGGUGCCUCUGGUGGUCAGGCUAGAAGGGACCAACGUCCACGAGGCGAAGAAGAUCCUCAGUGAUAGCGGCCUGCCCAUCACAGCAGCGGACAACCUGGACGACGCCGCUAAGAAAGCGGUGGCUGCCAUCAAGAAAUAAGGAACUCCACCUUCAUCUUAACAUAAUUCUCAGUGUAGCAACACUACACUCACUAAUACUCAUACAGCCUCAGAUCAUCAGCCUUUUUCUACCACAUGCACACAUCCAGGACUUGAAGCUCUAAUAGGCCUCUACUUGUUUGUUAUCAACAAGUCCUAUUGAUCACAUCACAGGUUUUUAAGGCGGUAUUCGCCUUACAGAGCCAUACAGUUCUCCAUUUUAAACAUUUUUCAUCCAUUUUUCUCUCUAUGAAAUGCGUAUUAAUUGAGAUAAAUCACUGUAACUUUCAGGCUUUUUAUUUUUGAAAUCACAUAAUGAAAGUCAACAUAUUCAUAGAGCAUAAUAACGCUCGAGCGAUCUCUGUCAGCGAUUAGAUGGAGCCCUCGUACUUUGUGCAUUCCAUUUUUCCUAGGCAGAGCAUGUGACGUUCUCUCUCUCUGCAUAUUGUGGCAUUUGUAUGGACUAUUGUAAGGUCUGUGAGGAGUAUUCAUUAAGGAGAGGCCUUCAUCAUCUUUCACCUCAGGCCUCGGCUCACAGUGCUUUAAAGGUAACCCAGCCUAGCAGAUUAACGUUGAAUUUUCCCACUGACUUCAUCUUCCAAGCUUAAAUCCAUCCAUCCAAUGCCUUAUCUAUGUCUCACAUGAAGUGAAGUACCCACUCUUAAUGGGCUGUGAAUUUUGUAAAUCAUGUCUUAUUUGUAAAGUGCUGCUUCACUCUAUGAUGUACAGUGUAUAACGGCAUAUAUCUGAGCCUAUUACGCCAAGGCUAAAGGGUUCGUAAACUAUCUUGCCAGCUCUCUCGGUCGUAGAAAUAGUUUCAUACAAGAUGUGUUUUAAAGAGAAAAUAAAAAGUCUAGAUCUUUUUUUGUAUAAUCAUGAAUGUAUAUUGACAGGAUAUCUUGGAUACAGUGUGAUAACUGUGUAUAUAAUUUCAGAGAUUAAAGAAAAUAUUUC